AUGGAUUAUAAAUUAAAUGUGACUUAUAUAACUUUUGGUGGGCAUGUGGAAGUGCAGAAAUAUAGAUAUCUUUAUUUUGUGAUCAUGUUUACGGUGUAUAUGUUAAUAAUUAGCAGUAAUUUCACUAUUGUGGGCAUCAUAAUAAUUUACAAAAACCUGCAUGAGCCAAUGUACAUUUUCAUUGCAGCUUUGUUAAUCAACUCUGUUCUUUUCAGCACUGCUAUCUACCCAAAGCUUUUGAUUGACUUUUUAUCAGAAAAACAGAUCAUAUCUUAUCCAGCAUGUCUCUUCCAGUGGUUUUUAUGUUACUGGUUAACCGCUUCAGACAUCUUUCUCUUGUCGUUCAUGGCCUAUGACAGAUAUGUGUCUAUAUGUAACCCUCUGAAAUAUACAACCAUCAUGCAAAAUACAACUGUUAAUAUUUUCCUGUUUUCAGCUUGGAUUCUUCCUGCUGGUUUGUUUUCAGUAACAAUAAUAAUUAGUGCUAUGACAGAAAUCUGUCAGUUUCAUUUGAAAGGAAUACUUUGCAACAGCACAAUUCUAACACUUCAGUGUGUGAGGUCAAGAAUUCUGAAUAUAUAUGGCUUAAUUGUUUUUGUUACUUUUUUAUCCAUCCCUUUGCUCUUUAUACUUUUCACAUACGCCAGGAUACUUGUAGUAUCGUAUCGAUGUAGAGGAGUCAGGAGAAGAGCUGCACAGACCUGUUUACCCCAUCUGCUGGUUCUAAUCAACUUUUCCUGUUUAACUGCAUAUGAUGUACUUCUUGCUCGACUAGAUUCCUUUGGAUCGGAUUCUCCAAAAAUUGUACGUUUUUUUAUGACUGUACAAUUCGUAAUAUAUCACCCUCUUUUUAAUCCAAUGAUUUAUGGACUAAAAAUGAGAAAAAUUCAUGAUCACCUUAAGAAGCUCUUCUUUAGAAUAGUAAAUAAAAGAUUUUGGGGGAAAUUUGUUUUAGGCUAA